CUCGUCUGCUGCUGGACCCACAACCCACGGAACUUUCCUCCCAGCGUCUUCGUGGACAUCCACCCAUCUGUCUGUCAAGCCUGUUGGAGCAGCUCCACUCUGCCAGACCUCUGGACAACUCUGCCACCUCCCUCCAUCACCCACUCCACUGCCACUCUCUAGGCCCCGCACCACCAUCUCGCUCACCCCGCCCUGCCCCCCCCCCCCCCCCCCCCCCCGCCAACGUCUCGCACUAACCUCCAGCCACCACUAGAGCACGCCUAUCGCCCCUUCACUCCCCCACUCCACCGCCUCCGGCACCCAGCCUCGCAGCGCCCCAACCCGCGCCCCCCCCCAGCCGGCAUGGAGAAGGUGCAGCACACGAUGCGCUCGGCUAUGCGCAGGGCCUCCAUGGUGGUGGACAUGCCCCCCCACGCCAAGCAGAACCUGCAGGAGCUCUUUGUCAACUUCAGCCUCAUCCUCAUCUGCCUGUUGCUCAUCUACAUCAUCGUCUUGUUGAUACCUCUGUAGCUGAACCAAACCGGCACAGCCACAGUGAGGGCUAAGCAGGGGGCGGAGCCUCCAUCCAUCCCAUCAUCCAUCUCCAUCACUAGCCUUCCUGAGGACCAUUUCAGAACCCCAACCCCGCCCCCCCUCCCCACCACCCCUGAGCUGAACAGCUUUGCCCACAAUUGAUCACUGUUCCUGGGCAUUUGCAGCCUGGAUCCAGCCUCUCCAUGUCGAGCGCCGCCAUGGAUCUGGUCAACAACCGUGGCCUCAACCUGAUACUCAACUUCCUGCUCAUCGUCAUCGUGCUCCUCCUCAUGCUUGUCCUGGUCAAACUCAUGUGACCUCUGACCUGAUGGCUUAGUUAGGCUGAGCACGGGGGGCCCUGACUGAAGCCCCUCUACCUCUGAUUAGGUCAUAGAAACACACCCUGGCUUCAUCUAAUUAUUAUUAAAUAGAUUUUCAUCCACGACGGCAAAUCACUGAAAAUGGCCAUUGAUCCUGUUGGAAUACAGAGAAGCGUCUGGGAUUCCAUGACAUCGUAACAAUGGAUGGCAAGAUAUAAAUAUCUGAACUGAUGGGAGAGAUUGUAAAAACUGUUGGCAUUGGAGGAUCAAUAGAACAUCCUCCUUUCAUUUAGACGACCCCCCCUAGUGGUAGAAGUCUUUACAACAACACAUCUACUUCUGGCCAGGGGUAAUCAGCACAGAAACGAAUCCAUGCCCUCUGAUUCUUCUUCAGAAGUUGUAUUCAUGUGGCUUCAUCUGAACCGUGGAGAACAGGCUUCCCCCCCUCACAGACACUGACUAUUCAAAGCUAUUUAGACCAAAGCACAGAACACGCAAGAUGCAACUGACAGCUGAAAAGAAACUAAACAUGAUUAAAGCAAUACAAAGUCCUUUGA